AUGGAUCCAAUUUUGGAAUGUUACAUUGAAGAAUCACAAGGAACGGAAAUAAUUUCAAAUCCUCAACACUAUUUGGUGGCCGAGGAUCAAGUUUAUAUAAACAAGCAAACUAUAUCGGAAGUUAUGAAGCGAUAUGCAUUUCUAAGAGAGUUUUCUUUCGUUGCAAAAAGAUCAAGUCCUACCUGUUACUAUCUAAAGUGUGCUACAGAAAACUGUUCAUGGGUUUUUAAAUCCUCAUGUUUGAAUAAUUCAAAGUUAUUCAAAGUGAGGAAAUUCUAUGAUAUACAUUCAUGUCCAUUGAAGGACCGGAUUCAAUCAAAGCGACAAUCAACAAGUGGUGUGCUUGGGGCAAUGUUGGUUGAAAAGUAUGUCGAUCUGAAGACCGUUUACACACCAACAGACAUACAAGCAGACAUGCUAAGGAUACAUUGUAUUUCAUUAACAUACAUGCAAGCAUGGAGAGCACUUAAUGCAAGUAUAAGAGGCUGGGAGUAUUGUCGACCAAUAGUAGUCGUGGAUGGUACACAUUUAAAAUCAACAUACGAAGGCACAAUGUUGAUAGCUAGCACAUUAGAUCCAGGAGGUCACAUCUUGCCGCUUGCAUACGGAAUAGUUGAUUCAGAAAAUGAUGAUUCAUGGUUAUGGUUCUUUGAGAAUUUUAAAAAUGCAUUCGGUGAAAGGGAAGAUAUGUGCUUUGUUUCUGAUAGAAAAAAGAGCAUUUGGAAUGCUACUGCAGCUGUUUAUUCCGAAUUCAGACAUUACGCAUGCAUAUACCAUCUAUGGACCAAUUUACUAAAGAAAACAUACAGAGAUACAGAAGAGGUUAGACCAUUAUUCUUCAGUUUAGCAAAAACUUACACUGUUCAAGAGUUUGAUGAAUUGAUGACAAGGAUGGAUCAAAUUAAUCCAAAAUACCGUGCUUAUCUACAAAAUGCAAAUUAUGAGAAAUGGUCACACACACAUUCACCAGUAAAAAGGACUUGGACACUAACAAGUAACAUUGCAGAGUCACUAAAUAACGCUAUUCUUGUUGGAAGAAGGUUACCAGUGGUACCAUUGUUGGAAUUUGUUAGAAAAACAAUUGAAGCUUGGAAUGAGAAACACAACGAAAAAGGUAGAAAUACUACAACAACCUUGACAAGUAAAUAUAAUGAAAUGUUAGAGGACAAUAGAAAUUUGUCUCAUCGUAUGCUUGUACGCGCAUCAACAAUACACCUUCAUACCAUUACAGAUGGUGCAAAGAGAUUUCAACAUGAUGAGAUCCCUUGUAGUCAUGCACUUGCAGCAAUUAGACAUAGGAAUAAACAUCGCGAUGAUUAUUGUUCAGCUUAUUAUAGUAAUAAGAAUUAUCAAGAUACAUAUGCAAUACCAAUUGAACCCUUGCCUUGCGAAAGCACUUGGGAUGUUCCAUCACAUGUCUUGGAAGAGGUAGUAUUACCACCAAUUACAAGAAAGCAACCUGGCAGACCUCCAAAAAAUGAUCGCAAAAAGGGAUUUACCGAAGGAGAGAGGAAGAAGAGGAAAUUAUACGGUUGA